GGUGGAAUCGCGAUGACCAGUAAAACCCCACGUUGCUGUUUCCUCAAUAUCAGGGAGCAGAGUUGGAUGUGGUGGAAGGGGUAGUAGAGGGAGAGAGAGAGACCGGAGAGGUGGAAGAUGGCCAGAGAGGCGGGAAGCGGCAACGACGGGGGCGUGAUAGUGGGGCGGAUGAAGCUGGGCUCACAGGGCCUGGAGGUCUCCAGGCAGGGCCUCGGCUGCAUGGGCAUGUCGGCCUUCUACGGGCCGCCCAAGCCGGACACCGACAUGAUCGCCCUCAUCCACUACGCUAUCCGCUCCGGUGUCACCUUCUUCGACACCUCCGACAUCUACGGCCCCUUCACCAACGAGAUCCUCCUCGGCAAAGCACUGCAAGGUGGGGUGAGGGAGAAGGUGGAGCUGGCCACAAAGUUCGGGAUCAGCUUCCAGGACGGGAAGAGGGAGAUUCGUGGAGAUCCGGCAUACGUCAGGGCCGCCUGCGAGAGCAGCUUGCAGAGGCUCGGCAUCGACUGCAUCGAUCUCUAUUAUCAGCACCGCGUCGACACCCGGGUUCCCAUCGAGGUCACGGUGAGUUAAUCUAUCCCAUCGAAC